AUGGAAACUGUCAAGAACGCCGCCAACUACGUCUCCGAGACCAUCCAGGGCACCGGCGCUGAGGCUUCCAAGGAGGCCAACAAGCAGGUCGCCAAGGACUCCGACGCCAGCAUCAGCACCCGUGCCAGCGCUGCGAAGGACGCCCUCGGGGAUAAGAAGGACGAGUACUCGCAUAACACCAAGGCUGAUGUCCACAAGGAAGCCUCGAAGCACUAA